AUGAGUUUUACAGCAAUACGAAUACCACCCUUGGAUGCAACGUUUGGCGAGGAACACUAUAAUGUGAAAAAUGAAGCGAUGUUCCGACGAAUCAAGGCGUUUUUCUCCCGGUGUGUGGGAGGGGAGAAAGACGAAGGUCUGCGACUGGACAAGACCUUGGUCGCUGCUCGAGGUUGCUUUGAGGAGCGUCAGUUUACACUUGACGCGUUCUUUCUCGAGCUACUGCAGAAACGGCUGCAGGAAGAAGAAGAAAUCCGUGUUGCUCCGGAGCGUCAGUUUACGCUUGACGCGUUUUUUGAGGAGCUACUGCAGAGACGUCUGCAGUGAGAAGAGGAAAGCUACACUGCUACGGUCACUCCAGUGGCCUCCCUGCCAACCCACGGAGGCUCAACACUCCGCACCAUGCAACUCUUCAUAACAACCAAGAGUUAUGCUGCCUGUUGGGGGCGCCGCCGUCAACUCGGCGCCUGGAGAAGAGUCACUCCAGUGGCCUCACAGCCAACCCACGGAGGCUCAACACUCCACACCAUGCAGCUCUUCAUAGCCACCAACAGUUAUGCUGCCUGCUGGCGGCGCCGCCGUCAACUCGGCGCGUGGAGAAGGCCGUCUGGGUGCUAAACUAUUCGACCACGAUACCGUGGCCAAUACCAGCUGAAUCCAAAGUUCCCGAUUCAAUAAAA